GCGCCGGAAGCGGAAGUGGCCGAGCGCUGGAGGGGAGAGUGGUUGGGAAAGGCUCGCGCUGGGUCGCCGCGACUUGGACGCGCGCCGCGGCCGCCGCGGCAGGUAAAGCGCGAUUGUGAAACGCCGCUGGCCCCGCCGCCCGCCGCCCGGCCCCGCGCCCGCGCCCGAGGGGUGUGGUCCCCUGCGCGCGCGCCCCCGGCCCCCGCCGCCGCCACCGCCUUCACCGCCGCGCCCCCGCCGCCGCCCCCCGCGCCCGGGGGUCCCCGCCGCCCCUCGCCAUGGGCAACACGAGCAGCGAGCGCGCCGCGCUGGAGCGCCAGGGCGGCCACAAGACGCCCCGCAGGGACAGCUCCGGGGGCGCCAAGGACGGGGACAGGCCCAAGAUCCUGAUGGACAGCCCCGAGGACGCCGACCUCUUCCACCCGGAGGAAAUCAAGGCCCCGGAGAAGGAGGAGUUCCUGGCCUGGCAGCAUGACCUGGAAGUGAAUGAUAAGGCGCCUGCCCAGGCCCGGCCCACCGUGUUCCGCUGGACGGGAGGUGGGAAGGAAGUUUACUUAUCUGGGUCCUUCAACAACUGGAGCAAACUGCCCCUCACGAGAAGCCACAACAACUUUGUCGCCAUCCUGGACCUGCCCGAAGGGGAGCAUCAGUACAAGUUCUUCGUGGACGGUCAGUGGACACACGACCCUUCCGAGCCGAUAGUGACCAGCCAGCUGGGCACCGUUAACAACGUCAUCCAGGUGAAGAAAACGGACUUUGAGGUGUUCGAUGCCUUAAUGGUGGACUCCCAGAAGUGCUCCGAUGUGUCUGCAGAGCUGUCCAGCUCCCCGCCAGGCCCCUACCACCAGGAGCCCUACGUGUCCAAGCCCGAGGAGCGCUUCAAGGCCCCGCCCAUCCUGCCCCCACACCUGCUCCAGGUCAUCCUCAACAAGGACACCGGCAUCUCCUGUGACCCGGCCUUACUUCCGGAGCCCAACCACGUCAUGCUGAACCACCUCUACGCGCUGUCCAUCAAGGACGGGGUGAUGGUGCUCAGCGCCACCCACCGCUACAAGAAGAAGUACGUCACCACCUUGUUGUACAAGCCCAUAUGAGAGCGGGGAGCGGACGUGCGCCCUGGGACCCCCGCGCCCCCCGGCUCGAGGCGAGCAGCUUCCCCCCGGGAGGAAACGGACUGUCGUUCUCCCCUCACGCUCUUCCUAAGACAUUUCACACCCGCUCUCGGCCGGCCGGAAGGUUUGUUCCAGCCUCGGCGGCUCCUGGCACGUCUCGGGCCGUCGGGGGAUCUCCUGGCUCCGUGGGCCCCGGGCGGAGGAGGGGGCGGCAGGAGCCCCGCCCCACGCAGACAGCCUCCGGCCUCCCGAGGGGGCACGUGUGGGGAGCUUUUCCCUUUUCUCCUGAAACCAAAAAUGAGCACUAGCCGAGCCGCUGGUGAGAGCUCGGGCAGGCAGGCAGGCCACACCGAACUUCUCACUGAUGGGUGUUUUCUAAGGCCGCCGGCUUGUCCCCCGUGGCCUGGCCCAGGAGGCUCCGUGAGCAGUGCUCUUGCCUCUUAAAAUCACAGCAAUAGAUUGUGCCCCCUCUGCGCCAGGGGGGUGCCAUUUCUAUAGAAAUGAGGAUCUGAUUUCCAGGUGAACUUUUUCAGACGUUUCUUACACUUUUGUGCACUCAGUACUUCGUGGGUUUUUUUUUCUUUUUUUUUUUUU